AACAUUUCUGAUGAGCAUAAGGUGGAAAUUGCAUCAAUGUAUUUGUGUGGAGAUGCAAUUGUGUGGCAUGAGUGUUAUAUGCAAGAUAAGGCAACUUUUCUAGACUGGAGGGACUACAUCUCUGACAUGAGUUUGAGGUUUGGGGAAGGUGAGUUGCAGGAUCCCAUUGUCUUGUGGAAGAACCUUAACCAGAUUGGUAGUGUUAGUGAUUACCAAAAGGAAUUUGAAAGGAUUAGAGCAAGAGUUAAGUGUUCUAAGAGACAAUUUGUGGCUAUGUUUGUGGGUGGCUUAAAGGAGGAGAUCCAACAUGCAGUUCGGGCUCCAUUGCCAUCCCUUAAAAGCUUACCCCCUUUAUUGCCCUUGCCUCCAGAUUCACAAAGGUUACCACUUCCAAAUUCCUUUGAAUUUCCACCAAUCAACCCUAAGGAAAAGAAGCAGAAAGGGUUGUGCUUUUGGUGUGAUGAGAGACAUGGUCCAGGGCAUAGAUGUAGCAAGAAGAAACUCUAUAACCUAGAGAUAAUUUCUAUAGAUGAAGAUGCUGGAAGUGUAGAAACUAAUGAUGAGAAUUUUGAUCUUAAUCAAAUGCUUAUCACAGAGCCACAUAUCUCAACCCAUGCAUUGACUGGUGAGGUGGGUUAUAAUACUAUCAAAAUGAUAGGUCAAGUGGGCAAAAGGCAGAUUUUGAUAUUGAUUGAUUCAGGAAGUACCCAUAACUUCCUUAAUGCUAAGCUAGCCAAAGAGCUAAGGUGUGAGAUAAAGGGAGCAAAGUCUUAUCAAGUCAUUUUGGCUGAUGGUAGCAAGAUAACAGGGGUUGAGAAGUGUGACAAGUUUAAAAGGGAAGUCCAAGGGCAUGUGUUUACUAUUGAAGUGAUGUUGUUGCCAUUGAGGGAAUAUGACCUUAUCCUAGGAAUACAGUGGCUAGAACCUCUUGGCCAGGUCCUAUGGGACUUUAAACUUAGAACUUUGCACUUCAAGUAUAAGAGCCAUUUAGUUCACAUAGAGGUUGCCCCUAAACCAACUAUUAAAUGGGUUGAAAAUGAUAAGUUGUUGUCCUUGUUGCUAAAGAAAGAGCAAGAUGAUAAAAGUGAUUAUUUCCUGGUACAAGUAAUAUCAGAGGUUGACUCUAGAUGUAGCCUUAAUGCCACUGAGGUUGUUGAAAAGCCUGUCAACUUGAGGAAAUUGUUGGAGGAAUUUUCAGAGGUGUUUGACGAAGCUAAAUCAUUACCUGAUUCCAGAAGUUUAGAUCAUCAGAUCCAUUUGAAGACAGGUACAGAACCCAUUAGUAUCAGACCCUACAAGUACCCUUCCAUCCAAAAGGAUGCUAUGGAACAGAUAGUGAGUGAAAUGUUACAAUCUGGUGUGAUCAGAAAUAGUACCAGUUCUUUUUCUUCGCCAGUGGUAAUGGUUAAAAAGAGGGGUGGUACCUGGAGAAUGUGUAUCGAUUAUAAGGAACUAAAUAAAGCUAUUGUGAAGAACAAGUUUCCUAUGCCUGUGAUUGAAGAAUUGUUGGAUGAGUUACAUGGGGCCAAAUAUUUCUCCAAAAUUGAUUUGAGGUCUGGUUAUCACCAAAUCGAGAUGAAAGAAGCGAAUAUUCAUAAAACCGCUUUUAGGACACACCAAGGGCGUUAUGAAUUUUUGGUGAUACCUUUUGGCCUUACUAAUGCUCAUUCCACCUUUCAAGCAACAAUGAAUUUUGCUUUUCAGCAGUACUUAAGGAAAUUUGUUCUGCGAAUUGAGUAUUUGGGCCAUAUUAUAUCUUCCCAAGGGGUAGCCACAAAUCCAAAUAAGAUUGUAGCUAUGAAGGAGUGGCCUAUGCCUAAAAAUGUAAAAAAACUGAGAGGGUUUCUUGGGUUGACAGGGUAUUACAGAAGAUUUGUCAGAAAUUAUGGGUUGAUUUCUAGACCUCUCACCAAUUUACUCAAAAAGAAUAGCUUCACUUGGGGUCAAGCAGCACAAGAAGCCUUUGAAGAGUUGAAAAAGGCUAUGACAUCUACUCCAGUUUUGGCUCUACCUAAUUUCCAAGAGGAGUUUGUGAUUGAAAUUGAUGCAUCCAGUCUGUCUACUUAUGAGAAGGAGCUGUUGGCUUUAGUAUUGGCAGUGACUAAAUGGAGACCUUACUUAGUCGAGAGGCACUUUGUUAUCAAGAUGGACCUCCAUAGUCUUAAAUACUUGCUGGAGCAAAGGAUUGUUACACUGGCACAACAAAAAUGGCUAUCUAAACUUUUGGGUGGAAGGGGUGUACUGCUGAGGAGGCUUCUUGGGAAACUAGUGCUGACAUCCUCUCUAGGUUUCCAGAUUUUCAUCUUAAUCCUUGAGGACAAAGAUUUUAGAGAGGGAGGCAUUUGUUACAGUCCAUCUAUCUGUGCUAGAAUGAUACCCCACAAAACUAAGCGCGGUGUUGUUACCCUUGCUCGUUUCAAGGUUUAUGAGGGUAUCCCUUCACCAUACGACAAGAUCAAGAGGAUGGUCAUCCCUGAUGCUCUUAAGGGCGUUGAGGCUUCAAAAGGGUCGCAAGUACUGCUAUUUGGGACACCUGUCAAGUGAGGUUAGAUGGAAACACUAUAACACUAUAAGGGUGAGUUUUAGCUACUCAGCUUGUUAUGUCAUGUUGCCUUCUUCUUUGAUCAUUUUGGCGUUAUGUGGUUAUAAAAUGGUUGUUAGUAAUUAGUUAACAAUAUUGUAAAUGCACAUUUACAUUUUCUAGUAUAAUCUGUAUCUUAGAGUUUCAUAUAAGUCUUGCUGUAAGUUCAGUAAUUGCUAGCAUUGUAUGCUUCAUUGUUGUUUAACAAUAGAAGUAGAUGUAGCUU